AUGGACGCAAGAUGUCCGACUCCUCCCACGCACGGUGCUGGCGUCAUGGUGCAUCCCUGAUCCUAACCCCGCUCUGCUCUGCCGGUUGGGAGAGUGUUGAGGAUGAUAAGGCUCACAGGCCUCCCUUGAUAACAACUCUACAGGAAGAACGUGCACCGAAGUCCACUGACCCUGACCACGCCACUGCCUGUGUGGAGCGGACAGCACACAGCCACUCCAUAGGCAGAGACUUUGGUUCAUGUCGUUAUUUAUCAUUUAGUUAUUUCUGUGUAAGGUCACUGAGACUGUGGACUGGAGCGGAGAAGCAUAUCUGUGUGAGGUUCGGGGAUGUGCUGUCCUCAGGAGGGAUGUGUGUGUUCGUAGAAAUGGAAGGCGAGGCUCUGCCCCUCAACUGGCCAGCUAGACACACUCUCUCAGGACGCUCUUGAAACACACACACACACACACACACACACACACACACACACACACACACACACACACACACACACACACACACACACACACACACACACACACACACACUCACACUCUCAUCCCCACCUGUGUGCAGACACAGGUCUAAUCCCAGGUAGUUGUGUGAGUGAGUGAGUGUGUUUGGCGCGUGGUGACCAUGGCGAUGCCGUUCCCCUUCGAUAACCUGCUAUGCAUGCUGCUGGGCAUCUCCUUCACCUUCGGUUUCACACUCCUCCUCGUCUUCAUCAUCGUGCCCGCCAUCUUUGGCCUGUCCUUCGGCAUCCGGCGCCUCUACAUGAAGACGCUGAUCAAGGUCUUCGAGUGGGCGACUCUUAGGAUUGAGAGAGGAGCCAAGGAGAAGAAGCACCUGCUCUACAAGCCUUACACCAAUGGCAUCAUCGCCAAGGAGCCCACAUCCCUGGAGGAGGAGCUGACGGAGAUCCGGCGCAGCGGGAGCAGCCGGGAGCUGGACGCUUCCUCGGCGACCGCCGCCGCCGCCUCCUCCUCCUCUUCGUCUUCCUCCUCCUCCUCGUCCUCUGCGGAGUUUGAGAUGUCGGACAUCUUCUCGUUCUGCCGGCGCGGCGUGGAGAGCAUCGUGGAGGACGAGGUGACCAAGCGCUUCACGGCCGAGGAGGUGGAGACCUGGAACCUGCUGACACGCAGCAACUACAACUUCCAGCACAUCAGCACGCGCCUCACCGUCAUCUGGGGGCUCGGAGUCCUCAUCAGAUACGGCUUCCUGCUCCCGCUCAGGGUGACGUUGGCCAUUACUGGAAUCAGUCUGCUCGUCAUCAUCACCACCAUCAUCGGCUUACUGCCCAACUGCAGGGCGAAGAGCUUCCUGAGUGAGAAGGUACACCUGAUGUGUUACCGUAUCUGUGUGAGGGCUCUGACUGCCAUCAUCACAUACCACCACAGCGAGAACAAGCCCAAGAAUGGUGGAAUCUGUGUGGCUAAUCACACCUCUCCUAUUGAUGUCAUCAUCCUGGCUAGCGACGGUUGUUAUGCAAUGGUGGGCCAGAUUCAUGGAGGUCUGAUGGGAGUUAUUCAAAAGUCCAUGGUGAAGGCAGCCCCUCACAUCUGGUUUGAGCGCUCGGAAGUCAAAGAUCGACACCUGGUGGCUAAAAGGUUGAGUGAUCACGUGGAGGACAAGACCAAACUGCCAAUUCUCAUCUUUCCUGAAGGUACCUGCAUCAACAACACGUCGGUCAUGAUGUUUAAGAAGGGCAGCUUUGAGAUUGCGUCCACAGUCUAUCCUGUAGCCAUCAAGUAUGACCCUCGUUUUGGGGAUGCCUUCUGGAACAGCAGUAAGUUUGGGAUGGUCAACUACCUCCUCAGGAUGAUGAGCAGCUGGGCCAUUGUCUGCAGCGUCUGGUACCUGCCCGCCAUGAACAGAGAGGAGGGUGAGGAUGCCGUGCAGUUUGCCAACCGCGUCAAGGCUGCCAUCGCCAGACAGGGAGGCCUGGUGGACCUGCUGUGGGACGGCGGCUUGAAGAGAGGCAAAGUGAAGGACACAUUUAAAGAGGAACAGCAGAAGCUGUACAGUAAGAUCCUGGUGGGGACACAAGAGGACCGCAGUCGCUCCUGAAGCGGGACGGACACUGGAGAGGAAGGGACAGGUGGACGGACACUAGAGGAAGGGACAGGUGGACAGAGAGAGAAAAGAGGGGUGGUGGUGAUGAGAGAAAAAACAAAAAAACAAACUGAAACCCAUCUCUCCAUUUGAGAUGAGAAUGAACCACAGCACCACCUAGGGGGCAUCUGUGUCUCUGCAGCUGACUUUCAGAAGAAGAAAAAAAAAAAACGUUUCCCCAUCAGGUCUCCUCUUAUGGCAGUGAAGAUCGCUGACACGCUGCUGUGUGUGUGUGGGUGUGUCUGCGUGUGCAUCUCUCAGUCACCCACUGACAGCCACUGACCGCAGCAUCCGAGCCCUGUAACGGCAUCACUGUGUUUGUUACAUUUCAGUUUUCUAGGCAUGUGUGGCUUUUUAUGACCUCCGUGUAUGUUUUCGUUAACGUCUUUUUUUUUAUCUUGUCUUGUCGUUUUGAUUAUCUAUUCUGUUGUCCUUUUAGUUAAUAAUGUUCUUAAGGUUUUUACGUGUUUGUGUUGCUGAGGGAACAGACAGGUGUGUCUGUGUGUGUGUGUGUGUGUGUGUGUGUGUGUCAGGGAGGAGAAGAGACUGAUGCAUCUACAGCCCCAUUCCAGGAAUCCGUCUGGUUGUCAGGUUAUCAGGCUGUCUCAUCACCAUCCUGGGGACAUUGACUAUCAGCUGACGCUGGGCACAAGGGUUUAGCGCUGUGUUUGGGGCAGCUUGUUCCUGCCAGUUCACAUGCUGUUUUUCUUCCAAUCAGUGUCUGCUCUGCUUCCUGGAAGAAAAAAAAAGAGGGGGGGGAAAAAACAAACACGGCGACUUCGAAUGACAGUCACACAUGACAUGAAAUCAGUGUGGCAUUAUCAAUCGUCACGGCUACUGUUCUCACGGCAGCAGAUUAUGUCUGUCUGUCUCUGUCUGCCUGCCUGUCUGUCCUAUCGCUCCCAAAGUUUCUCUGUCUUUAUUUCGACUAAAAUAACAUCUGAAACGAGAAA